AUGACCGAAGCGGCCCCCACCGUCUCCUCUGUCGGCUGCAAAUUCGAACCCGUGGAUCUCGAGAACUGUCCUACGAUUGACUCUGGCCUACCACAUGAACUUUGGACUAUAGUUCAGUCGGCUCAGGCAACAUUCUCUCCAGAAUUCUUCCUUGAGGUCAGCCGUAACCUUCUAGAAAAUCCUAAUCUGACUGCGUCACACCUCGCCCGGGCUGAACUCUCCUACCAAAGUUUCAUGGAUGCUUCGUUCAACCCAAAGGCAGAGCACCCACAUGAACUCGCUAAGAUUGUAAAGCAUUUGAAGGUUGACCACCAACCGAUCCUCAUUCCGGAAGGGUAUCCUGGCUAUUUGCUCGAAUGGACCGUUGUUAGGAAGUUGAUUCCCCGGAACCCUAAGCUCGACAAGCCGUUGAUGCAGACGUGUCAUUUAUUCACAUCCACCGAUGAUGUGAUCGUGAAAAACGGGGAUAGAAAAGAAGAGAUAAUCAAGGCUGAACGCUACCUCGUAGUGUACCUCCCACAUGUUUCCGAUCCAGAGGAAAUUCCCUUCUAUCAUCCCAAAGUGCGAGCUUUGGCUGUGCUUUAUACUUUUCAGCCAGACGCAGCUCCCGGGACUCCUUCAGGAACUCUAUCACUGUACUAUGACCUGUUUCCAGAGAAAGAGUUAGAUAAUCGAUUAUCUCGCACGGCUUUGAAAAUGUUGCAAAUCAUCCACAAGCACUCAAAUGGACGAAUGGCUGGAUACCAAAAACGUGUUCAUCACGAUAUUGUCAUACCGCAAAAGCAGUUUCAAGAUACCUAUGCCUACUUGAAAGGAAAAUAUGCGAGCUCGUUGAUCAAGGAUUGGGUGGAGCAAACGCCUGCCGAGAAACAUGUAUUCGAAGAUCUGGGGAUCGCUGCGUUUCUGAUCGAGCUAUGGACAGACAUGUAUGGUAGAGGAAAGGCCAAUGCGCCUCCCAAAGCGCAUGGUGGUGAAAAAUUGGAAGAGGCCGAAGCAGAUAAUGAAUCCGUCACGCCAGUUGAAGCGGGUCUAAGCAAUCAUCGACGAGUCACAGCCAAGACAAAUUUCCCGGGUUUCGUCGACAUUGGGUGUGGGAACGGCUUACUCGUUUGGAUUCUAUCUCAAGAAGGUUGGGAUGGGUGGGGCUUUGACGUAAGAGCGAGGAAGACUUGGGACACGUUUCCGGAGAGCGUGAGGGACAAGUUGAAGGAAAUGCUGCUGGUGCCGGAAGUGCUAAAACUGCUUCCUACAACAACGUCAACUUUGAACCAAGAAGAUCAAGUACUCGGGUCUUCGUCUACGGGAAACAUACACAAUGGUAUCUUUCCGAAAGGAACCUUUAUCAUCGCCAACCACGCCGAUGAGCUCACGAUUUGGACACCUUUCCUCGCUUCCCUCUCCCAGUCACCCUUCAUCGCAAUCCCAUGCUGCAGUCACAAUUUCGACGGCACAAGAUUCAGAGCACCACACUAUCAUCAAAGCUCUGAAGGUAAACCCCAAGACAAGAACUACCCGUCACACAAACCCUCUAGACAGCCCUCCGCAUAUGCCUCUUUCUGCAGCUACAUCACAUAUCUUACCACCAUCAUAGACUAUACUCCUGAGAAAGAAUAUCUGCGUAUUCCGUCUACACGGAAUGUUGCUAUUCUCGGGCGGAAAGCAAGUAGUAAGAUAGAUACAGAAGAGAGGUUGGCUAUUUUGCGGACUAUGGUGGAGGAGGAGACGGGAUUGCCAAUUGGCCUUGUGAGGGAGGGAUGGCUAAAGAGGGGAAGUGGAUUGACGAAGCCUGGUAAGGGAAGUGGUCACUAA